GGAGGGAGACUGGGGAGGGGGGGGAUACCUAUGGGAGUCACCCAGCAGCUGUGCGUAUUCCUUCCAUCAGCCGACAAAAACCAAACCCGCAUGAUGUGAAAUGAUGACUUAGCUGGGCGUGUUACAGGUGGCUGAAGACAGCUGGAUGCGUCCGGGAGCCGGCGGGGCGCAGAAGAACGGACCGCUGAUAGAUCCGCUGCGCUCCGGAUUGGACCCCCCAACCUGGGAGUCUCGCUGUCCGGAACCCGUGCGUCACCUGACGGUACGUGAGGCUAUGAAGCAACAAGAGGGAACGGUGAUAAAAACGAGUCCAACUCACGGAAUUGGAAGAAGGCGCCCGGCGAAGAGCAGCGCAGGGGACAGAGAAGAGGUAAAGGAGCGGCAAGUUGUUUAGUUCACCGGGGAAGCGGAGGAAAAGCAGAUGUCCGUGAUUCUGUAAAACAAACUUGGGGAGCAGAAUUUAUUAAUCAAAAAGAGAGAACAAUCAUGGAGCCAGAGGGGAUCACAGAGGAGCAAGCUGCUAAUGUGGCACAAUCUGCCGCCUCCAAACUGUCCCAGAUGGGGGAAAGAACUAAACAGCUGGGUAACGUUAUUCAAGACCCAGAACGACAAAAACGCAUCAUUCUCGUAAUUGUCUGUGUUGCACUUUUAUUAGACAACAUGCUUUACAUGGUGAUUGUGCCAAUUAUACCCGAUUAUCUGGAGGACUUGCAGAAAGCAGCUGAUCAGGACCAGUUAGCCGCUGAGCUGCACACUAACUCCACCAACAGCACCAUCCACAGAGCGCCCGAGGGGAACUUCGACCUGCAGAUAGGCGUCUUGUUCGCCUCCAAGGCCAUCCUGCAACUGCUGGUGAACCCGCUGAGCGGAACCUUCAUAGACAGGGUCGGCUAUGACAUCCCGCUGUUCAUCGGGCUCAACAUCAUGUUCCUCUCCACCGUCACUUUCGCCUUCGCCGAGAACUACGCGACCCUGUUCCUGGCGCGCAGCAUCCAGGGCCUCGGCUCGGCUUUCGCGGACACCUCAGGGAUCGCGCUCAUCGCGGACAAGUUCACGGAGGACACGGAGCGGAGCAAAGCGCUGGGCAUCGCCUUAGCUUUCAUCUCUUUCGGGAGUUUGGUCGCACCGCCCUUCGGAGGGGUCCUGUAUGACUUGGCGGGGAAGCAGGCGCCUUUUCUGAUCCUGGCCUGCAUCUGUUUCACUGACGGAGUGCUGUGUCUGCUCGUACUCAAGCCCUUCUCCAACAGAGAGAGGGAAAACAUGCCAGUGGGCACCCCGAUCUAUAAACUGAUGGUAGACCCAUACAUAGCUGUGGUGGCUGGCGCUCUGAUCGUCUGCAACAUCCCCCUCGCCUUCCUGGAGCCCACUAUCGCGAACUGGAUGGAGGAAACUAUGAAUGCGAGCGAGUGGCAGAUCGGCAUGACGUGGUUCCCCGCGUUCUUCCCUCAUGUCUUAGGGGUGUUUCUCACUGUGAAACUAGCAGCCAAGUACCCACACCUGCAGUGGUUCUAUGGGGCCAUAGGCAUGGUGUUCAUAGGGGCCAGCUCAUGCACGGUACCGGCCUGCAAGAACUUCGGGCAGCUCAUGAUCCCGCUGUGCGGCAUCUGCUUCGGCAUCGCCUUCGUGGACACGGCGCUGCUGCCCACGCUGGCCUUCCUCGUGGAUGUGCGACACGUGUCCGUGUACGGUAGCGUGUACGCUAUCGCGGACAUCUCCUACUGCGUGGCCUAUGCCCUGGGGCCCAUCGUAGCCGGGCAGAUCGUGCACGACCAGGGCUUCGUCCAGCUCAACCUGGGCAUGGGGCUCGUCAACGUUCUUUACGCGCCGGCGUUGCUGCUGCUGAAGAACGUGACGAAGAUGAAGCCCUCUUUCUCGGAGCGCAACAUGCUCCUGGAGGACGGCCCCACGGGUCUGUAUGACGCGAUUAAGAUGGAACAACGGGAGAAGAAGAGAAAAGGUCUGUGCACAACAAUUGACGACAACGGCAUCGAGACUUUUGUCCAGCGCUCGCACUCGGAGGAGGAAUCCUCAGGAGGAGAGUACGCGUAAAAUAAAAGACCUUUAAAGUGUAUGUGAAAUUUAAAAAGUGCCAAUGUUGACCUGUGUGUGUACGUUUCGAUUAGGAUUGUGAAAUUGUAUCCGUGCGUGACAAUUCCUGUGGGUUUUGUCAAAUCAAGUGGUUUUCAAGACACAUCGCGCCUUUGUUUAAAAAUGGGAAUAUAGUGGGUAAAAAAACGAUAAAUGUCUAUCUAUCCAUCACGUUAACAGAAACGGGCUCUUCAGGGAAUAUUGUGAAAAUGUGGUUUAAGAAAAUAAAAUGUAUGCGUCUUUUAAUGUCAUCCGUUUUCCUGUUGCUUAUAAAUUAAAUAUGCAAAAUUGUGCGUUGCGGGACAGAAAGACGGGAAUUACCUGGAAGCUCCUUCCCGUCGAUUAUUUACACUCUAGUUUAAAUGAAUGAUGUGCUUCUGGAAUGCAAAGCCUGAACUGACCUGCGACUGUAUACAUGUAUAUUCAUGUACAUAAUUAAAACGACAGUAUGUGAACAACA